AUGGAAACGAAUAACACAAAUUCUGACUUUCAAAUCGUGACAGCAUCAGCGGAAGAUGUGAACUGGAUGUCGACAAUGUCCGAACGUGAGAAAUGGAAUCCUGGAUUGAAAGACGCAAUCGCAUUUCAACUAGUGGAUCCAAAUGGUUUCUUCAUUGGUUUAUUGAAUGGUAAACCGGUGUGUUGUAUCGCUGCUGUCAAGUAUCCUAAUACUACUUGCGGAUAUAUCGGGCGUUAUAUAGUUGAGGAAAACCAUCGCGGCAAAGGUUAUGGCUUACGUAUAUUUAAACACGCCAUGGAACAUUUAACUGGAUGUUGUAUUGGACUGGAUGCUGUUCCUUCUCAGCAGAAAAAUUACAAGAAAUUUGGAUUUCAAUAUGCUACUGCUGUUAAAAGGUAUAUUGGCGUCAUACAAAGAAAAGCCCAAAUUUGUAAAAAUAUACGACGCGCCAAAGAUAUCUCAAUGGAUAAGUUGAUAGAAUAUGAUGCUCGCCAUUUUCCUUGUCAAAGGACACAUUUCUUAGCGUCAUGGAUACAUGUAGGAACUGAUCAAUGUUUAGUUUAUAUCGAGGACGAUGGCACUAUCAAAGGCCUUGGAGGUAUUCGCCUUGGUGUCGAUGGUUAUAGGGUAGGACCACUAUUUGCUGAGACACCCGAAAUCGCAGAAAACUUACUUUACGCUUUGUGUCCUUCGGAAAGCGAUACUAAAGUUGAUUUCGAUAUUCCUGAACCUAAUUCUGACGGUAUACUUCUAGCUGAAAGAUUAAAUUUGCAAUAUUUUGGAGAGAGUGGGAGAAUGUAUACUGGUGUUAUACCCAAACUACCUUUAUCCAAUAUUUUUGCAUUUGCAAGUGCGGAACUAGGAUAG